AUGUUAUAUAACACAACAACUGUAUCAGAAACAAUAUCAUGUCCUAAACCUGGAACGGAUGGUCCUAAUGCACCUUUUUAUCAUUGGUUAGCACUUGGUUAUGUAUUUUUAUUUAUUCUUUCUUUAACUGCUAAUUUACGUGUACUUUUCAAACUAUUUCAUUAUUCUCGUCGUCGUUUUCGUGAUCAUAUACUUCUAUUAAAUUUAUGUGCUGCUGAUUUAUUUGUUACACUUGUUUAUAUACCAAGUGAAGUCUAUGCUUAUACUGUUGGUCUUUGGUAUAAUGAUGAAAUAUGUAAAAUAAUUGCUGCACUUAAAGGACUUGGUAUUUAUGUUUCAUCAUGUACAAUUAUUGGUAUAUCGGUUGAUCGUUAUUUAUCAAUUGUACAUCCUCUAACAGUAUAUCAAUCAAAUAUACGAAAUAAAUUAUUCGUUGCUGGUUCAUGGUUAAUAUCAGCAAUUGCAUCUAUACCACAGUUAGUUAUUUUUAAACGAUUUACAAAUACGGAAAUAUGCCAUGAAAUGUGUGGUGAUACACUUUCAUUCGAUCCACCAAAACGAUUAGCUUAUAAUGCAGCUGUUGUUCUAUUUGCAUAUAUCGCACCAUUAUUAGUUAUUUUUUAUUCGUAUUUUCGUAUUUUAUAUGUUUUACAAAAACGAUGUGAUCGACGAACAUUUCGAUUUGUUAAUAGUUAUACCGAGAGUCAACGUAGUGUGGAUAUAUAUCAAGCAAACUGUACAAUAAAAUCAAAUAGUAUAAAAAGUUUUAAUCAUGAAAAAGGAAGAAAUGGAACUACAGGACAAUCUGUUAUACAAGAAGAAAUCAAUACACAUAAUACAAAAACAAUAACACGAGCUAAAUUAAAAACAUUAAAAUUAACUGCAUUAAUUGUCAUUUGUUUUAUUCUUUGUUGGACACCGUAUUACUGUAUAGUCUUCUUUCUACUUAUAACUGAUGCUCGUAUUUAUCAUGAGCAAUUAGGACGUGUAAAUAGCAAUGAAACAUUAACUACUUCUACUUCUGUUGAUCCAUCUAUUACUGCUCAACAAGCACGGAAUUAUCGUUCACUUUUACUUUUUUUGAUGCUUGCUGUAUCAAAUUGUGUUCUAGAUCCAUUAAUAUAUGGCUGUUAUUUAGUAAAACCUAUUAAAUCAAGUUGUUUAGGUGGAGUAAGAACUCGAACUGAAACAACGACAUUAAGACGUACAGCAGGAGCAUUAGCAUUUGAUAAGGAUUCAAAAUUAACAACAAUACGAGCUAAUAUGAAAACUAUUAAUAAUACUCAACGUGGUAAUGAUGUUGAAUGUCAAGUUUAA